AUGUUAUUUUAUUUAACUGACCAUUUAUAUCACCAUUUACCGAUUCUAUCAUACUCAAUUUUUCUUUUUUUUGUUUCCUCAUUCUUUUCAUUCUUUAUUUGUUUCUUUCUUUUCUUUUCUUUUCUUUCUUUAUUUUUCCUCCUCCUUUCGAUCGUAAUUGAUACAUUAUUUGGCAAAUCAACCAGAUCCAUAUUUCAGAUCCUUUUUUCUUUCCUUUUAUGUUUUUAUUUCUAUCUAUUUCACUUUUCUAAACACCAUUUACAGACCCCUUCUUUCUUUCUUUCUUUCUUCUCGUCUUUUCUAAUUUCAGUUGUAAUUGACAGUUUAUUUAAAAAAUCAACCAGACCAUCAAUUUGUAGAUACCUUCUUCAGACACAUCGUUCUUUCUUUUUUCUUUCUUUAUUUUUCUUUCUUCCUUCCUUUUUCUCUUUCGUUUUGUUUCUUUAUUUCUUUUCUUUCUUUCUUUUUUAUUUAUUUGGUUUUCUCAAUCCACUCCUUUCUUUCUUUCCCUUCUCUCUUUCUUUUCUUUCUUUUCUUUUUUUCUCUUUUCAGAUCAACAUUUACCGAUCCCAUCUGGCUGCCCUUUUAACUUUCUUUCUUUCUUUCUUUCUUUCUUUCUUUCUUUCUUUCUUUCUUUACUUUCAAGCUUGCUUUGUUUCAAGCGCUUGCUUUGUUUCUUUGUUUCUUUCUUUUUUCUACAGACCUUUCUUUCUUUUUUCUUCCUUACUUCCUUUCUUUCAUCUUUUUUGUCCUUUCUUUCUCGGCCAACCGAACCAUUAA